UAGCCAUUCUACUAAUUUGGUAUUUUGUUUUAAGUUAAAAAUUGUUUGUUUUUCUCAUUUUCAUCAAAUUAAAUAAAACAUGAUUUUUAUUGGUAAAUAUUUGUUCUAGAAAUAUAUUUAUAAAGUAAAAAAUAUUAUAUUUUAAAGUUAGUGUAAGGAAUAUAUAUUUAUGUUUAAAUGAAUCUGAUUUCUAAUCAUAUAAACUAAUUUUUAUCUAGGAUAAAUAUAGUUAUAUUGUUUUUGUAUAAAACCAAAUAAGCCGAAAACCGAUAGUAUAUAAACCAAAACAAACCAAAUUAGAUAUGAAUCCAAUAUGGUAAUUAAUUUUUAUAAACCAAAAUACCAAAAAAAAACUAAAAAAGGAACCGAAAUCAGACCGAAAUCCGGAAUGAACAUGCCUAGAUAGAGGCAUUAGAAGGAAGCACUGUUUUAACAGCCCAAUCACUAGAUAUAAAUGUUAAAUUAGUAAUAAGUAGAUUAAAUAAAGACCCAAAUAUGAAAACAUGAACAAAUUUGUUGAAAAUAAAAUUUUGAGGUCGAGCGCGAGUUUGUUAUGUUUAAAGAUUUUUUUCUGUCAAGCUUAUUGAAUAUUUUAACAUUUUGUUUGUCACACUACAAAAAAAGUCUUCAUUGAUAGCACAUGACUAUAGCACGUUUUACUGAACUGCUAUCAUAGAUGAGUCUAAAAUUUGCUUAUUAUAUAAUAGGGUUAAUUAAACGCUAUGGUAGAGUUUCACUAAGCGGGAACCUAAAAUUAGCUUUACCGCGGCACACUUAGUGAAAAAAAGACUAAUCUGAUUAUUUUCCCUCUCUCCACUCGCGAAAUACCUUUCUCUUUUUCUCAGUUUCCCCUCUUUCUCUACUAACCCUAAAAAAAUUAGACCACAAUCUCCAUCACUAAAACCCUAAUCCGCUAAUCCAGAACCGUAAUUGAGCUCCCCACAUCCAUUAUUGUCGAUUGCGAAGGUAUCGAAGAUUGAGAUUGCGACAUCUCUGUUGAUUUGUUAUCUCAAAUGGAAGAGAUGUUUUCUGCUUGCUUCGAUUUCGUCUUUUCUUUCUUUCCUGUUUGAUUUGCGUUCCUGCUCUACGUUCUUUGCUUAGAUUUCCUUUAUUAUAUUCUUGACAACAUUUAACUUGAUUCAUGAUUUUAUCGAUUUCGAUUUACAUUAUUUGUUACUUUGAAUGGUUCUCUAUGUUACUAAAGGUUUGAAUGUAGGUUUUAGAACAUAGAUGAUGGAUAAAGACUGGGUUCAUCUGAGCAGGUAAUGAAUUUUAUCAUAUAUGUUAUGUUUCAGUAUGUGUUUAGUCACUGAGCUUGUGAAUUUUUGUUCAUGUCACCGAAGAGUCGAUCCUGCUUAUGAGAGAGGAGCUACUAAGUUUGUACGGGAAGUGGCUGCAGCUUCAGGAGGAAUUGAUAUGAUUGUCUGUCCUUGCAUUGACUGUCGUAACAUAGAUCGUCAUUGCGGAAGUGUGGUAGUUGCUCAUCUUGUUACUAGAGGAAUGGAGGAGGCUUAUAAGAAGCGCACUGAUUGGUAUCUGCAUGGAGAGUUGAGCUCAGUGGUUGCAGAUGAAAGAAGGGCAAGUCAAUGGAAUGAUGAGAUCAUUGGUUUAUACAGAGCCGCUGAGUGUUCUGAUGAAGCUUUAGCUGGUACGGGGGAUGUCUUUGAGAUAGCAGAGGGAGAGGACAAGAAAGAAGAUGAAUUUUUGGCGAAGCUAGCUGAAGCUGAAACACCUUUGUAUCCUACAUGUGCGAACCACAGCAAGUUAUCUGCAAUAGUGUCAUUAUUUAGAUUGAAGACUCAGAAUGGAUGGUCUGACAAGAGCUUCAAUGAACUGCUAGAGACGUUGCCGGAAAUGUUACCAGAGGAGAAUGUGCUGCACACUUCACUGUACGAGGUUAAGAAAUUUUUGAAAUCAUUUGAUAUGGGUUACGAGAAGAUCCAUGCUUGUGUGAAUGACUGCUGCCUAUUCAGAAAGAAGUUGAAGAAGCUUGAGUACUGUCCAAAAUGCAAGGCAUCGAGAUGGAAGAGUAAUAUCCAUACUGGUGAGAAGAAGAAAGGAGUCCCACAGAAAGUAUUACGCUACUUUCCAAUAAUCCCACGGUUGAAGAGAAUGUUCCGGUCUGAAGAAAUGGCUAAGGAUCUAAGGUGGCACUUCAGCAACAAAAGCACUGAUGGGAAACUUCGACACCCUGUUGAUUCAGUCACAUGGGAUCAGAUGAAUGCGAAAUACCCUGCCUUUGCCGCUGAAGAAAGGAACAUGAGGCUUGGACUUUCAACAGACGGAUUUAAUCCAUUCAACAUGAAGAAUUCUAUGUACAGCUGCUGGCCGGUAUUGUUAGUCAACUACAACUUGCCACCUGAUUUAUGUAUGAAGAAGGAGAACAUAAUGCUUUCACUGUUGAUUCCUGGUCCACAACAGCCCGGUAACAGUAUAGAUGUCUACUUAGAGCCUCUCAUUGAAGAUCUAAACCAUUUGUGGAGCAGUGGAGAGUUAGUGUACGACGCGUUUACUCGAUCAACUUUCACACUGAAGGCAAUGUUGCUUUGGACGAUCAGUGACUUCCCAGCUUAUGGGAAUCUUGCAGGCUGCAAAGUGAAGGGAAAAAUGGGGUGUCCUUUAUGUGGGAAAAACACAGACAGUAUGUGGCUCAAGUACAGCAGAAAACAUGUGUAUAUGUGCCACAGAAAAGGUCUGCCACCAGCUCAUACUUUUCGGGGAAAGAAGAAGUGGUUUGAUGGAAAAGCUGAGCAAAGGAGAAGGGGGAGAAUUUUAACCGGCCUUGAAAUUUCACAAAAUCUCAGAAAUUUCAAGAAUGACUUUGGCAAUGUUAAACAUUCUGGGAGUAAGAGAAAAAAGAUGGUCUGUACGGAUUUAGAUGAAGAGGAAGAGGAAGAGGAAGAUGAGGAGGAAGAGGAAGAAGUGGAAAUAGAUGAGGAUGAGUUAUCUAGAUGGAAGAAAAGAUCUAUCUUUUUCAAGCUACCUUAUUGGGCGGUAAGAUAUCUCUUUCAUGCUACCUUAUGUAGUUUUACAUUUUGAAUAUGUUAUGUCUAAAUUUGACUUUAUGUACUGUUUCUGAUAUGAUUAGGAACUCCCGGUGAGGCACAACUUAGAUGUUAUGCAUGUAGAGAGAAAUGUGGCUGCUAGUCUAGUUUCGACAUUGUUGCACUGUGGGAAAUCCAAGGACGGUCUUCCGGCUCGUAAAGAUCUUGAGGAUCUUGGUAUAAGGCAGGAUUUGCACCCUCGCAUACAUGGAAAACGAACAUAUCUUCCUCCAGCCCCGUGGUCUUUGUCUAAGACAGAGAAGAAGAUAUUUUGCAGGAGGCUUUUUGACUUCAAAGGGCCAGAUGGAUAUUGUUCCAACAUAUCUAGAGGUGUUUCGUUAGAUGACUGUAAAGUCACAGGGCUGAAAUCACAUGACUAUCAUGUGUUAAUGCAGCAACUUCUUCCCAUUGCAUUGAAAGGGCUGUUACCUAAAGGACCGAGACUUGCCAUUUCAAGGUUAUGCGCAUUCUUCAAUCUGUUGUGCCAGAGAGUUAUUGAUAGAGAGCAGCUUCUGGUUAUGGAAGCGGAGAUUGUAGAGACGCUUUGCUUGUUUGAAAGAUAUUUUCCUCCAAGUUUCUUCGAUAUCAUGGUCCAUCUGACUGUGCAUCUAGGAAGGGAGGCCCGGCUUGGUGGACCUGUCCAUUUUAGAUGGAUGUACCCAUUUGAAAGGUAAUGUCUUCAUGACUGCUGUAGAUAUUUUCCUCUAAUUUUCUUUUAUAGCCAUUUUAAUCUGCUAAUCGACAUAGACACAUUUUCAGGUACAUGAAAGUCCUCAAAGACUUUGUUAGAAAUCCUGCUAGACCAGAAGGGUGCAUUGCUGAGUCUUAUCUUGCCGAGGAAUGUAUGAAGUUUUGCAGUGAUUUUCUCAGGAAGUCAACAAAUGUACAAGAUAAAGUAGAGAGAAACAUGGACUAUGAGAACAGCUCUAUCUUAGAGGGUCGUCCAAUAUCAGCUGGCACAUCAGUUACACUCACUGAAAUGGAGAAGAAAAUAGCACACCUUGCUAUCAUCCAAAACCUUGCUCUCGUCGAACCUUUUGUAGAGUAAGAAUCCUAUUCUUUAUAUUUAUAUUGUCUUUACUCGUUUUGAUAUUUAUUUCUAAUAUGCACAUUCUCUGUCCAGUGAGCAUCUCCAGUAUUUACAAGACUCAGAUGACAGAUGUAGGAGAGAUGCAUCCAUCUUAUGGAGUAUGCAUACUAAGAAUUUUGCUUCAUGGCUAAAAGAACAGGUACAUGAUUUGUUAUCUGGUUUUGAUAAUAUGAUAUAGGUGUUUUACUAGUCUUAACUUUUGUAGGUGCCUCUUGAUUCUAAAGAACAUGACGAAACACUCAAGUGGCUAGCCUAUGGUCCACGUUCUUCAGCUAAGUCAUAUACGGGCUAUAUAGUUAACGGUCAGAGGUUUCACACCGCAUCAGUUGAUAGAAAAAGUCAGAAUUCUGGGGUUUACUAUGAGGCUACAGCAGUUUGUAGAUCUAGUGCGAAAGAUACAGCACAGGUGGUUGAUUGGGUUUCCUACUACGGCAGAGUAACUGACAUCAUUCUGAUAGACUAUAAUGUCUUCUAUGUUCCUCUGUUUCGGUGUCAUUGGGCUGUAAAGGGUAAUGGAGUGAAGAUUGAAGAUGGGUUUACACUUGUUAACAUGAAUCAUAGUCAAGCCUCUUUCACAAGUGAUCCUUACAUUAUGGCUUCUCAGGCGAAGCAAGUCUUUUACUCAAGGGAAAAUGAGACUUCUAAUUGGUAUAUUGUAAUGAGAGGUCCUUCAAGAAGAUAUAGUAAAGAAGAUAUUCAAGAGGGAAAUGCUGAGAUUGGUCCACUGCCUACAAAUAUUGACAUGGAAGUCGACAAUGAUGAAGCCUACGAAGUCAGAACAGAUUGUGAAGGAAUAUAUGUUUGAAACGUAUCCUUACUUUAUGUGUUUGUUUUGUGUUUCUUUGCUUCUGUCUGUGCUUGUUUUUUGCUUGUUUGCUUCUGUGUGUGCUUGGUUGUUGUUUUGUUUAGAGUUAACUUUUUCCUGCUCAAAAUUUGAUGCAGGUAAAUUGAGAUGAGACGUGGAAAAAAGAAAGGAGUCAGUAAGGCAAGAAAGAAAGUAGUACAAGAAGAUACAGAAGUUGAGUUUAUCUGUACUUUACCUGGUGAAGGGGUAGACCAAGAUGAUGUUGUUCAAGAGCAUGCAGGAGCUGAAGGUGUUCAAGAUGAAGGUGUUCAAGAGCAGGCAGGAGCUGAAGGUGUUCAAGAGCAGGCAGGAGCUGAAGUUGAUCCAGAACAGCAAAACCAUGAACAGAGAAACGAUGAACAACAACAGACAGAAGAGCCUGAAGGUGAAGUUGAAUUAUCUACUAAUGAAGAGACUGAAGUUAGAACCAACCGUAAGAGGAAGCGUGGACCGACAAGAAUGAAAGACCUAGCCAAAGACCCAAAUUCCAGAGUUCAUGUUGAUUUCAAUGCCUUGGGAGAAGCGUAUGGUGAAGGUUCAGUGAAGUUGUCUUCGUAUCUAGGUCCAUUGGUUAGGGAGCACGUUCCUGUCACAGUUGAAGGUUGGAAAAAACUCUGAAGAAGUGAAGACAGUUCUCUGGAAAUCUGUGCAGGUAAAAAUUUCUAUACUAUGAGAACAUCUAGAUAUGCAACUAGAGAUAGAUUACUGAGUUAUUUUCAACGUGAGUGCAGGCAAGGUUUGAAAUUGAUGAAGACUACCAUAGGGAUGCAGUGCUUAAGCAGAUGGGAGCGUUGUGGAGAUCAUCGAAGUCACGUCUUGUCACCCAAAUCAAUGAAUCCGAUAAUAACCAACAAAGGAUGAAGCUCAGACCAAAAAAUGUUCCUCCGGUUGAGUGGCGCAAAUUUGUGAAGUUGAAAACAAGCCAAGAAUUCAAGGUAUGUAUUUUGAGUUGAGUAAAAUAUGUUUUCAAAGUACAUAACAUAUUAACAAUCAGAAGUUAUGAUAGGCUGUGAGUGAUAGCUACAAGGAGAGAAGACGCAAACAGAUACCUCACACUUGUAGUCGGAAGGGAAUGGUUAGACUAGCAGAAGACAUGGUACGUAUUCUUUCUUCUCGUUGUUUCAUUUUCAAUUGGUAUAUUGACAUCCAAUGUUUCCAUAGAAAAACAGUUCUGAUGACCCAUCUCAAGUGACAAGACUUAAAAUAUGGGUUAAGUCUCGUACCCGAAAAGAUGGAACUCCUAUAAACACAAAUGCGGCUGAAAAGAUUGUAAGUGAAAAACAUAAAUUAUGCUGAGCUUGGUAGUGGUGCCAAUCCAUCGUCUGCUAAAAAUCAAGAUGAGGAUACACUCGUCAAGCUGUUAGGACCUGAUAAUCCUGGUCGUAUGAGAGUAAUGGGCAGAAAUAUGAGUAAGACCAAGUUAGCUUGCUUCCAAGUUAAGCACAAGACUAUUUCUGAAAUGCAAGAGAAGCAAUAUGAACUCCAGGAAACGGUUAAUCAGUUAAAGGCUGAACUAGCAGCAGUGAAAAACCAGGUCAUAUAAUAUUUCUGUUUAUACAUUGAGAUAGUAGGUGAUAACAAAAUAAUAAGAUUUUUUUUGGUUUAACUUACAGAGAGAAGAAUAUGAAGUUGGUGAAAACUCGGCUGCAAGGAGUGUGAACAAAAAAACAGAAAAGAAGUGUCUUAUAAUAUAUUGGGCUGAUGAAGAUGGCAACGUUGGUGAGGGCCGUAUUCUCUCUUCAGACCCAAACGAUAUAGUCAAUGACUGUCGUUUAGGACCUACAGAUGUUAAAGUAUUGGUUGACUCUGCUACUGAACCAGAAGCUUUCCUCUGGAGACCUGCAAAGAACAUGUGCACGAUUCAGGAAGCUGUUGGCCAUAUUAUUGCAUGGCCUAAGAGUAAAUGUGUUGAACUAGGCCAGGGCCUCCAACCAGAAGAUAUUGCCCCACUGGUAAAGUAUUUUGGUCCAUUCUCUUACUAGUUAAUGUACUGAGUAGGCUCUUACUGAUAUUGUACUGAGUAGGCUUAAACUGAUAUUGUAUUGUCAUUGUCUGAUAGGGCUCAAGAUCAAAUUCUCUCAACAAAUGCAAACUAUUGGAUUUAUCCGAUGAUAAUGUAGUUGUUGGUGAAGGACGCUGGCAGACGCAAGAACCAAAAGCUUUGGUGAAUGGACUUCCUCUCGGACCAAAGGCAGUAAAAGUUUUUCUGGAUGUUGUACAUGAACCUGAAACAUUUUUAUGGAGGCCUACGUUGGAAGUGGCAUACCUUGAGGACAGCGUAAUGACUUUUAUAUCAUGGCCCGCUCACAAAGUUGUAUUCGAAAACCCGGUAGAAGCAAGAAGAAAAGUGUCUCCGACUCCAAAUACUGCAGGUCUUAAAGUUCCUUCUCCUGGGUCUACUGGAAGCAGCCUUAAAAAAAAUGGAAAAUCAAGAGCAACAACAUCAACUACUCCUACUGUGAAGUCUUCCUCAAUGCCGGUAACAUUUUAUUCCUUAGGUUUUCCUCUAUUAUUAUUUGUCUUACUGUCUGAGUACUACAAUGUUUUGUAUUGUAAACAUGACAGCUAAAUGAUGGAUCCCAACCUAUAAACGUGAAUCAGAAGUGUAAAUUGAUGGACAUCAGUGAGAGGAAACAAGUUGUUGCCGAAGGACGUGUGCAUUCAACAGACCCAAAUCAGAUGGUUCACUUUGUACGAUUAGGUCCGAACGCAGCUAGAGUGUGGGUAGAUGUAGUGUUGGUAGAUGAUGCAGACGUUUGGAGGAAGUCUGAUGAAAUGGAGAGCUUGAAGGAUGCACAUGGUUCUUCUAUCGCAUGGCCACUUGAUAAAUUGGUCAUAUUUUAAGAGGAACAGGUAAGUAAUGUGCUUUUUCUUUACAAUCUUUCUGAUGCAAUUCCUAAACUGAUUAAUAGAGGUUUUGAUUGUAGCAACUUGGGGGAAUGAAGAAAUCUGGUCCAGCCUUUAAACAAGGCUACUGAACUUAUAAUUAUCUUAUGUGUAAGACUGUGUUUUCUGUUUUCAAUCGGCUGUGUAAACUUUAUGACUUAUGUUUAUGUGUAAGACUUUACGUCAUUUUCUAUGAAUGCUCUAUGAAUGCUUUCGUUGUUGUUUAUGAGAUUUGUUUUCUGAAAUCAAUUCUGGGCACCAACAAAUCAUAGCAUAACCAACAAACCAGUAAUAACAAAAUACAAUUGUUAUAGUUGAAAAUCAUAGCAUUUAAAUCAAACUACGAAUUAGACAAACAAAUCUACAAUAGCGAAAACAAAAAAAGUUAUAGUAAAAUAUCAUAGCGUUUAAAAGUACCUACGAAUUGGACAAUGAUAACAUAUUUCAAAGCUGUAGCAAAAUUAAAUAUAGGAAUACUGAACAGCUAUUGUAGAAGGACAUAUCAUAACUCGAAUUAUGAAUCGUAAACAAUUUGUGACAAAAUAAAAACGUGUUAUUGUUACGUUAAAAACGGCAUUCAUUUAUUGCUAUCGUAUUGGAAUAUUAGUAGCGUCAAAUAAAACCGCUAUCGUAGAGAGGGGACCUAUGAUGGCUGCCGAAGACAUAGCAGAUGAGAAAACGCUAUGAAACCCCUAUAAUAGCGUUAAUCAUGAGCUAAGAAUGUACAUAUUUCUUGUAGUGUCAUCCUAUUGAUUUUACUUGUGUGUUCCUUAAUUUAUUUAUUUUGAUGUUUUAUAUGUUUAUUUCAUGAUUAGUGGUAGCUUCACCCACACCAAAAAAAAGAGUGGUACUUCACUAUCACAUUAUAUGUCAUGUUUUAUUAUGAUAUUAUUUAAAUUUUGGUGUCCUAGAUCUCUAAUUAUUUUUUAUUUAUAAUAAUAUCGUCACUGUAGGUAUUUUCACGGUUAUUUAUAUUGUUGAUUUACAUUUUAAGAGUAAUAAUGUAAUGCGAAACAAUAGUCUACUAUCUUUUACUUAGUUUCACUUUCAAUGUAUAUUUAUUUGAUUAAGGUUGUAAUGUCUACUGCAUUAUUGCUUUAUGGUUUCGGGCCGCAGUGGGCAUCACACCCAGAGCCCAAUAUGCAACAACUGACUAAAGCCCAGCAUGUUUCACGACUUAAUGAAACGAUGAGUUUCGGUCACCACCGCUGAUGUGUCGCCCUGAGGUUAAACGACUUAAUGACGUGACGACGACGUGGCGAUGACGUGGACGCACAGAAGUGAAGCAAACAUAUUUUUAUAUAUAUAGAUUAUUUGCAAAGCGAUUUUUCGCAUUCGAACUUUUACGUUAAAAGUUAGAGCGGCUAAAUUCAUUGUUAUCCGUAAUGAAUAAUUUAAAAUAUUUAUUAGAUUUAUUAUUAAUUAUAAAUUAAUAUAAUAGAAAUUAGCAAAAUAAUGAAAACAUAAUUUCUUUUAAAGUAAUAAAAUUUAUCCCAAAAAAAAAAUGAUAAUAUAUAAUGAAUUUAUUAGUUGUGUUUUAAUGAUCAACUAGAUUUUAUUCAUAGAUAUUUUCAAAAAUGAGUCAAAACAAAAAGUCAAAUGCCAAACUAACAUAUGACUUUUUUGGAACUGUUCUAUCCAUUCCAUAAGUUCGGAUUAUUCGUAAAAAUACCAUUAUUUAUUUUCUUUUCGAAAAUGCUUGUUUUACUCAAUCAUCCCCAUUUUCCUCUCUUUUUUUGGAACUGUUCUAAUCUAAGGUGAUUUUCACUGAGUGAGAAUACUUCCGCCGACAGUGGAGACAACUUUCAUGGAAGUCUUCUGUAGAAAAGAUUUCCAUGUAAGUUUUCUAGAGAAAUUCAAAUUUAUGACACAAUUUGGCCAAUUUUAAAACUAAUUUUUUGUCCAAAGAGACUUCUCGGUAAGUCUUCUAUAGAAUUUUUGAGAUUUUUUGAAAAUAAAAAGUAAGUCAAUAUUUACGAAGGAAAACUUUCAUAGAAGUCUGCUGUAGAAUAGACUUCUCUUGAAGUCUUCCUUGUAAAUUUGAAAUUGCAAAAAUGACCUAAAUGGAAGACGUCCUAGAAGUCUUAUGUCGGAAAAUUUUCUUGGAAGUCUUCAAAGUCAAUGUGUAAUAAAGGUUUAUUUUCUCUAAAAUUAUAAAUAACUUUUACAAUUUUUUUGUUUAUUCAUGUAUAUUAGUCAAUAUUAAAGCUAUUGAAUGAAAUUGAUAACUUAAUUCGUGAUAAUUAUGAGGUUACCAUCAUUUAUGUUUAUAGCUAAUCUGAGAAGAUUUAUUAAGAAGUUUUCUACUUUAGUUUUUGUAAACUUGUGUGUUUAAGAGUGUUAAGUAACUUUAAUAUAUGUUUUUUAACUUUCAAAAAUAUAAAGUAAUUUCAAAAAUAUCAAGUCACAUAGUUUGAUGUGUCUUUCUAGAAUAUAAGAUAUACGUUUUAACUUUCAUUAGAUUUAAAAUCUCAGUUUUUAUUUAGGAUUUAAGUUUUCCGCUUAAAUUUUAACUUCCCGUUUAAAUUUCCCGCUUAUAUUUAAAUUCUCGUUUAAAAUUUAAGUCUUCCAAGAAAACUUUCCAGAUAUCUUCUAGUGAAUGUGUUAUAUGUUCUUCUCUUAUGUAAUGUUUGAUUUUUUUGUAAAUUUAACUAUGUUUCUUAAGAAGUCUUUUCUCUUAGUUUUAGUAAAUUUGACUAAAUUUUUGUGUUAUUGUGCUUUACUAUUGAAGUUGUAUAAAACUUCAAUAAUGUCAAAUACUUUUGGCAAAAUAAUAUUGUACACAUGAACAUAUUUACCAACUUUUCAUUAACAUCUCUUCAAAUUUACAAAAAAAUCAACAACUAAAAGACUUCAAAUAAAAAUCACAAAACAAACCAUGAACAAAAUUAUUAUACUUGGAAUUAGAGAUCACUUCUCCACAUAGAUAGGUUUGGACUUUAAUAGUCCUCACAUUCAUGUUUCAGAUUUUUGAAGACUUCGUGGAAGAGUUCCAAGAAGACUUUGUGGAAGACUUCAUAUGCAUGAAGUCUUCCUGGGAGACUUCCAAGAAGUCUUCCAUGAAGUUUUUCUCAAACUUGAAACUUCCAUUGGUUUUAACACAUUCAGAUCUAUUUACCAGAUGGUCGGACAGCUCCUCCACUUGGACAGCUCCAGAUUUGAAAUUAAAUCAAAUAAUCAGAACAUAGUUUAAAAAAAGUAAGAAUCUUAAGCAACAAAAAAUUAUCAAAUGAA